CUGACGGCGCACGCACCUCCAGCCCGCACACGCGCAGAGAAGAGAGGCUAGCAAACCGGCUGUUGUUGACAUUUUUUUUAGCAACACAUUUCGCUACGAUGGCGGCCGAAGUGAGACAGGAGCUUGCACAGUUGAUGAAUUCAACCGGAUCUCACAAGGACCUUGCUGCCAAAUACCGACAGAUUUUGGAGAAAGCCAUUCAGCUUACGGAUGCAGAGCAGCUGGAGUCCUUGAAGGCCUUUGUCGAAGCGAUGGUCAAUGAGAACGUCAGCCUUGUCAUCUCGAGACAGCUGCUGACCGACUUCUGCACGCACCUGCCCAACCUGCCGGACGCCACGGCCAAAGCGGUGUAUCACUUCACCUUGGAAAAGAUCCAGCCGAGGGUCAUCUCCUUUGAGGAGCAGGUGGCGUCAAUCAGACAGCACUUAGCAACCAUUUAUGAAAAGGAGGGAGACUGGAGAAACGCCGCGCAAGUUUUAGUUGGCAUUCCUCUGGAAACCGGGCAAAAACAGUAUAACGUCGACUAUAAGUUGGACACGUACCUAAAAAUUGCCAGGCUCUACUUAGAAGACGACGACCCUGUGCAAGCGGAGGCCUACAUCAACAGAGCCUCGCUGCUUCAGAAUGAGUCGUCGAACGAACAGCUGCAGAUCCACUAUAAGGUGUGCUACGCCAGAGUCCUUGAUUUCAGGAGGAAGUUCAUUGAAGCUGCGCAGAGAUACAACGAGCUGUCUUAUAAGUCUAUCGUCCACGAAAGUGAACGACUGGAGGCGCUGAAACACGCCCUGAACUGCACCAUCCUGGCCUCCGCAGGACAGCAGCGCUCCCGUAUGUUGGCCACCCUCUUCAAAGACGAGCGCUGCCAGCAGCUGGCCGCUUACGGGAUCCUGGAGAAGAUGUACCUGGACCGCAUCAUCAGAGGGAACCAGCUGCAAGAGUUCGCUGCGAUGCUGAUGCCCCAUCAGAAAGCCACAACGGCAGACGGCUCCAGCAUCCUGGACAGAGCCGUGAUCGAGCACAACCUGCUGUCGGCCAGCAAACUCUACAACAACAUCACGUUCGAGGAGCUGGGAGCGCUGCUGGAAAUCCCCCCGGCGAAGGCUGAGAAGAUUGCUUCUCAGAUGAUCACUGAGGGACGCAUGAACGGCUUCAUUGACCAGAUAGACGGCAUCGUUCACUUUGAAACCCGGGAGCCCCUACCCACCUGGGACAAGCAGAUCCAGUCUCUGUGUUUUCAAGUCAACAACCUGCUGGAGAAGAUUCGCCAGGCGGCUCCAGAGUGGGCGGCUCAGACUAUGGAAGCCCAGAUGACCCAGUGAACAUCAGCACGCCUCCCCCGCCUACCUCCAUCUUCCUGCUCAAGCAGUGUCAUUUCUGAAGCCCCAGUUAUUAAAACACCCGAGAAGAA